UCAUUGAAAGAUAUAGUUGAUGAUGAUCGAAAAAGCACAGAAGAGUCUCAACAGGCUGCUGCAAAGGAAAAAGUUAGAAUGCCACAACAGAAGAAAACUUUGAAGAGGAGUCAAAUAUCAAGAAGUGAAAGCAUGGAUAGUGGGGUUUUCUUACUGAAAAUGUUCCUCCCUACUUCUAUAGGUAGCAAGAAGAAACUAAAGACAAGGAAGUGCUCAAAAGUUUCAUCGAAAACAUCGGUUGAUGAAUCGGAGAAAUCUAUGAAUAGGGACUGGUGGAGGACUAUGUAUGUAGUUAUUAAAGAGAACAAGUAUAGCAGAAGCAUCAAGAAAUCCAUGAGUGCCAAGAGCAGCAGCAAAAGCAGGCUAAUUGAAAGCAACAGCACAGAGAGGAAACAAAGAGGGUGUUUCUUUUAGUUUAGCAGCAGAAAAAGAACUAGAAGAAUACAUCAAAUAGCUACCAGGAUUUAGAAAAAUAAAGGUGCAAAUAUGAGAAGACUCUGCAUGUAAUACUGCAGCACAAGUUCUAUAUUUUUCACUGUGGUCUUGUAUAUUAUUUACAAUCAUAGCAGUUACAAAGAGGAUUUAGGCAGACAUCAAGAUGCAAUGUUGCCUACAGGAAAAUUAAUCUUUCAUCGAUAAUCUGAUUAUCU